CAUUACUGUUAACUUAUCGAACAUUCGCGUUAUGUGUCAUGACUCUAGCCCCGAGUACCGUGCUCAAACUCUAUAAUGCGGCGUUACAUUCGUGCACUGCUGUUGUGCACGGUGUUUGCCGUGUUUUCGGGGUUCUACAUUUAUAGUGCACUUUUUCACGCGGAUGUGUCAGCCGGGCAAAACGGACCGAAGAGGAUUUACGUCCCUGCAAGAGUCCCAGGACCAAAAAAAGGGGAUCCAGACAAAACGGGGUCACAAAUAUCACGUCGGCAUAACAGGUACAUCAUGCGCCAAAGGGGCCAGCUGGAGAUGGGCGGCCGGACCAGACGUCCCCCCCACAUGCACUUGGCUGUGGUGGCCUGUGGCGAGCGGCUAGAGGAAACCAUCACCAUGUUAAAAUCGGCCGUGCUUUUCAGCAUCAAGCGCCUCCAGCUGCACAUUUUUGCCGAAGACCAGCUGCACGCCAGAUUCAUGGAAGCAUUGGAAUCCUGGCCGGCUUUUAUCCGCUCCAGGUUCAACUACACAGUCUACCCGAUCCACUUUCCCAAUGAGAAUGUAGCGGAGUGGAAAAAACUCUUCAAGCCCUGUGCCUCCCAGAGACUCUUUCUACCUCUUAUCCUGAAGGACGUUGAAUCUUUAGUCUACGUGGAUUGCGACAUCCUCUUCCUACAGCCUGUCGACCGUCUGUGGGAUUUUUUAUCUCGAUUCGAUUCUGCGCAACUAGCUGCCAUGGCUCCUGAGCACGAGGAACCCCGCAUCGCUUGGUACAAUCGCUUUGCCCGCCACCCUUUCUACGGCAGGACAGGGCUCAACUCGGGAGUCAUGCUCAUGAAUCUCACAAGGAUGAGGAACGUGUUUUUCAAGAAUGAUAUGACCUCCGUGGGGCUCAAAUGGGAGGAGCUGCUGAUGCCACUGCUUCAAAAAUACAAACUGAACAUAACCUGGGGAGACCAGGAUCUUUUAAAUAUCAUUUUCCACUACAACCCUGAGUUCCUACUUGAGUUUCCCUGCCAGUGGAAUUAUCGUCCAGACCACUGCAUCUACGGCAGCAACUGCGCCUCCGCCGAGGAAAACGGGAUUUACAUCCUGCACGGAAACCGAGGGGUGUACCACGACCACAAGCAGCCCGCCUUCCGAUUGGUCUACGAGGCCAUACGAAAGUACUCGUUUGGCGCCGACCCGGUGGCGUCCCUGCUGGCCCCGCUGGAGAAGCAACUGCUGAAGACCACGCACACGUACUGCGGGAAAGCCCACGCGCUGUUCACCAAGGCGCUGGUGCACGGCCUGGCCGCCAUUAACAGGAAGGCACGGCCAUAAGUGACAUCUGCUACCUCUGUUGAGCACUUUGAACUUGAACUUCUCUUCUAUUAUUACAGUUUUUUUUUUUUUUUUACUGACUAACCUCGAAGAGGAAGCCCUUCUCUUUCCAUAUUGGAGAAUUUAUCAAACUGUAUCAGAGAAUGAAACCAGUACAUAUUUUUUUUAUGAUGUCACUCCACUCAAGAAAGCAAUU